CGUAUUUCCCAUCAGUCCGUGCGCGGGCGGCGUCCAUCUUGUUAGUGUCUGUGCGACAACAUUUCACAGUUCUCUGAGAAAGUCGGAACAAAUUGUCUGUUCGCAGCGCCUUUUCCCCGAUUCUAGCCCCCAAAUCUGGUGUUAGCGACUGUUACGGCCCGGGGGAGCUAGUGCUGGGACUGUAGUAGCUGUUACAAGGCAAUAUGAGCGCGCCGAGGGAGAAGAAGAAAGGGGGAGGGCUGAUCAGUCGACUGGCCAAAGAGAAGAAAACGGAGAAGAACCAAAACUACAUCACCGAAGAAGAACUACUGCAGAAGGACAACAUCUCGCCUGAAGACGUCCUGAAACUCCCCAAAGUCACAGAAAACUACCUGUGUGAGCCGGAAGCGAAUGUGUUCCAGAUCGACUUCACCAGGUUCAAGAUCAGAGACAUGGACUCUGGCACGGUUCUGUUCGAGAUAGCAAAACCCCCUCCCUCAGAAGAUGAUGAACCUGACGCGGAGGCGGAGGACAUUGACCCCAAUGCCGGCCGGUUCGUCAGAUACCAGUUCACACCACAGUUCCUCAAGCUCAGAACAGUGGGCGCAACGGUUGAGUUCACAGUGGGCGACAAACCGGUGAGCCAGUUCCGGAUGAUCGAGCGGCACUACUUCAGGGAACGACUUCUCAAGAGUUUCGACUUCAACUUCGGCUUCUGCAUCCCCAACAGCAAGAACACGUGUGAGCACAUAUACGAGUUUCCCGAGCUGGCCCCCGAUCAGAUUCAGGAGAUGAUCGACCAUCCCUACGAGACGAAAUCAGAUAGCUUCUACUUCGUGGACAACAAUCUCAUCAUGCACAACAAGGCCGACUACGCGUACAACGGGGGCAUCAUGCAGCAGUGAACUCUGGGAUACCUCCAGGGAAUCAUGGGAUACUUCAGGGCAGCAGAUUAGGUCUAGCUUUGGCCAGUAACCUUUGAACUCCAGCGACCCCUGCCCUCCAAAGAAAAACACCCUGACCCUACCCUAGAUUGAAAUGGUUUGGCCUGCAUCAGUGCUGACACAAGCUGUAGCCGAGAAUCGUCCAUUUUAGAUACGGGGGUGGCAAGUGCAGUGGAGCCUUCGGUGGUUACUGGUCUUGUGUAGUGUUUGUUGAUGAACUGGCAUUGAAUAAAUUUUCUCCCCCUUCAAGCGACUGCGAGGUGGGCCGCCCCACCUUGUGCAGCCCUACAGCCAUAACAAAUAACUAAACAUACAAACAUCUACAUGGAAAAGUAACGUUUGCCUUGUGUGAGCCUCAGCAUGGCUUAAUCCCUGACAAGCACCCCUCAGAUAGAAUGAAAAGUACCACUUUACUCUGUGUUAAUGUUUAGAGAAAGUCUAAGUUAGACCAUUUUUUUUAUAUGAACUGUUUGCUUCAAGUGUGUGACUUAUUCUGGUGACCCUCAGCAGCCAUCUUGGAGAUCUCUUUAGAGGUCAAAGUGUAAAGGGUCAAGUUCAACAACAUUUGCAAUCAGGUUAAAAACAAAAAGCUUUCUUUUGUGUAUUGUCAUAUUUGGUCAGGUCAGGUGAAGGUCACCAAAAUGGCUGCCAUAGGGUAGACAAAUGACCUCUACAGUGUGGAGAAUCAGAAACAGAGUUAUCAAGGUCACUGUAAGAUUACUCUGAGAGGGCCUCAUACCAAUAUUUGAGGUCAAAACCUUGGUCAUUGUUUCAACUGUGGAUGCAGUCAAGUCCAUUUCUCCACACAGGGGUGCAAAGAUUGCAAAAAAUCUCACUACAGACUACUUACAAAUAGCAUUGUCAUUCCUCCUGUCUCUGCACCAUUCUGCCCCCCCCUCCUUUAUCAAAGUGUAACAGUCCAAUGUUCUUUUCCAGUCCUGAAUUGCAGAAUUCUGGUGCAAUAGUCUAAAUUGUGACCCCCGUUGCACAUUGGGAUACUCUAGUUUUCUGUAAAAAAAAAAGGCCUGUUUGUAUUGCAACACUUUGACAAGGGGAUGUCUGGAGUGUAGUGUACAGUUUUGCUCAGAAGUAGUUAAUCAGAGACAUUGUAUAAGACUAACUUACAAUUUAUCCACAUAAACAAUGAUUUUAGCUUCCACAUUUUCACCCUGGCAAAAACAAAUGAACUGAUCAUUGUCUAUCCUGCAGCCAUUUGCUUGUGUUCACUAUGUCUUUUUUUUUUUUUUUUCACGGCAGAAAUUCUUGUGGAUAUGAUGAAAUGUGAGACUUCCUCGCCCAAACCAAUGUGGAAUAAGUGGGUGUCUUGUACUACUGUAAUGAUACAGAUUUCUGCAAGGGGGCGCACUUGUUCAUAAUGUGUAAGAUUGUACAUUGACUCAUUCAACACACUAGCUAUAAAUAAUACUAUAAUUGAGUGUGAGAGAAACGUAGGCACGCGGAGGUUCUAGAUUUGUAUGGUGUUGUUGUGUUUGGAGUGUAGUUGUGCUGCAACUUUAGCUUGUUCUGUCCAUAAUUCAUUUGUAUUUAGGAACGCUGUACACCGACAAUAUUGUCUCCACUUUAAUUAAUUCUGUGCUUGGACAAAUAUACGUUAUUUGAGAACAAA